AUGGCCUCAGUUGGGAUAAAAGAAAUUGUUCGAAACGCGGAAAAACGCUCUCCAACCGAACAUGAGAACUUUCUGGUCUCGAACUACGUCUCUAGGAUUAUUCAAAACACCUGGAGUGCAAUUGAAAAAGCGGAAUCGAAACGCGCCAAGCCACUGCAUGAAAACUCGAGCUUGAAUAUCAGCAAUAAUGUACCGGACAUAUCAAAAAUCUCUCCUAUCCCAUUUCACUACAACAAUUCGAAGAAAGGGAGAGCAUCGCCAAGAGGCCCACGAGUUUCUUCGCCACUCAAACAAGCUCGAAGAACUGGAGGAAAUGUUUGGCCAAAGCAAAAUGGCAGCGUCACCGAAUCGGUCAGCUUGUCCGAGUUUAUCAUCACUAAGAAGACCAAAAACAAAAAGCACGAGCGUAAAAGUGUGCCAUUAAAAACAACUGCCAUGAGAGCGAUGAGCUUCGGUGACUCGCCACCAAAAGCUCCAAGCUCGCAGCGAGGGCUGUCCACGACACUCGACAGAUUUGAUACCCCUGAGCUACCUCCCCAGGAUCGCGAUCUUCUUGACCAAGAACGCCAGCUCAUUUUACAGAUUCGUGGCGCUCAAAACGAAGUUAAAGAGGUCAAGACGAAAAUAAACACUGGUUCUCUUCCAGUUAUCUUGCCAAAAGAAGAAGUCGAUCGGCCGCCUAUUGAAGUCUGCUCAUGUCAUGGCUGUUUCGUCCAAACACUUCUUCAAUCAUCUGUUAAAGUUUCUGCAGAUUGCGACCGAAGGAUUUAUUCUACUGUACGAAUAUUCGCCAAUCAUCUCAAGUCAUCGAUAAACUUGAGUUUUAUCUCUACUUUACAAAGUAUUUUGAGCUUUUUCAUAACAAAAGACAACGCCUCGCUUAACACCUUGGAACUCUCCAGCUUUGAUCCUGAAUGCAUUGUGACUACUAUCGAAGACAUUUUUCUUUUGGUGCUAUUUGUCAUCUCCGACUUACCACAGACCCUCAUCGCCGUCCUCUCCCCUUGUACCGCUCGUGCCUUAUCCCGCAAAAUCGAAAUGGUUGACAGUUCAAGCAAUACCACUUUAAAAGAGAAGCUCAGGAUCUUUUCUCAAUCCCUCGACAAAAUUACCUCAAAACACGACGACUCAUCUCAGGAAUCUAAAAAAUACGUAUUUCGCCAUGUUCUCAAGCCCAGCACUGUUGAUCACGAUCAACUUCAAAAGAAGGAAAACUUUCUCAACACGGACACUUUUGCUGCGCUUAGGAAGCAGCGAGACGAGAUUUUCCACAUUUUUCGAAUUUGGCAGAAGAAUCAUUCAGAUCCAGAUUGGAACUGUGAUUUGCAUAUUGGCUCCAGAAUUCGCUGCUUGGUGCACUCUGUAAAUGUUUCCGGCAACACCAUGGCCUUCAGCCGACUUUUUAUGUUGAUCCUUCUUGAUUCGUUUAUCGAGCAGCAAACGGAAUCCAGCCCUAGUCCAGACUGCUCCCUAAACAGCUCCCAGCUAGACUUGUUCAAGCUUAUCUCUGACUUUGAUGUUAUGACUCUUGUGAAAGAAGGCAAUGCAAGAAAACUCGCAGUUCUUGAACAACGGUUCUAUCAAAACUCAAAAACAAACGCCUCGAAACACGCGACAUCAGCUGACAACCAGGAAGACGGAUCGUUUUUCCCUGGUUCCCAGUCAUUCUUCCAAAGCUUUUUGGUCAUUUCUGGCUGCGCAAGGCUUCACACACAUCUUUUGGACUUGAUGUUCGAUUCGCUGGGGAAGAUGAUCGACCAGAUAAAGCAUUUAGACUUUGACGAUACCGAAUGUCCCUUGCGCGGUGCCAUUUAUGAGAGUCGCGUGGCGCAUUUGAUCUCCAAGUUUUGCGGCUACCUCUACUUCCUCCCCUACCGCGAUUCCCAUGUUCAUGAGAAUCUUGCCUGUCGCCCGUAUCGAUCAGCGCCCGUCGAUUUCUGUCGCCUCUUGAAAUCCCAGACGGAUGCGCGCAAACUCCUGCUCAUUCUCAACGUCACUGCCGCUUUUAUAUCUCAGACCCAAUCCGCUGAAACGAACACUUUCCAUGCACAUCUGCUCGAAUUCAGCGAGCUAAAAAGCUGGUGUCACCAUAUUUCGCAUACGAGCACUGGCAAAGACAUGUUUGCCGCGGCAAUUCGACACAACUCAAGUGUGGUCACUCAAGCACUUCCGAUAAGUCUUUACCAGGCGAGCGAUGUUGAGGGUCGCCGGCAGAGCUUGCCGGCCUGUGGUGAACUUGGCAUUGAUGAGUUCAUUGUUCUUUGCCCAGAGCUCACUAGAAUCAACAAACCAAGAAACGGGUCCUUCGGUGCAAAAGUUGAAAAGCGGCGUCGAGUAGAAACAACGAUAGUCAAACCGCAAGUCAGACAGGAUUCAAAAUCGCUGAAGACGCAGCUGGAAGAUGCGUUUUUCAAGGCUAAUCCAGCCUCGCUCAAAAGAGCGACCGAGUUUGUGAUAGAAAGAGUCACAUCUAAUUGUGUCAAGCACUUUAGAAAUAAAGUAAUACCCGACACGCUGCGCGAUUUCAACGCCAAGGUCAAGGAUCACUUCAACGCGACACCCUCGGAUGCAGAAGACGAUGUCAUCGCAAUUGCUUUCAUCAAUACAAUUGUUGAAAAGUGUCUCAAAGCAUGCCUCGACAAGUGUUUGGCCGAGAGCGUACCGUUUUGCGAAAAGAACUCCAACGAAGCGCUGCCUCCUAUUCUCGGUCCUGAUGUGCCCCGUGCGGCUGUGGCAUUCGCGGUCAAGAUCACUGAGAGGGAUACAAAGGCAAAAACAGCGGAAUGGUUUAAAGAAAAGGUGCCGAUUAUUGUAAAUAGAGAUGGAAAAAUGGCUUUUGAGCGAUCAAGAAUUAACAGAACCAAACAAAAGGUUUACCAAAUCUCGAAUGAGGAUUACAAACCGCACUCGGAGCUUUUGUCCUCUCUUCGCGAAGUCGUCAUGCGCGACCAGCUCGGCCAGGCUGAUGAAUCAACUCAAAUCAUGUCGCUUGGUAAAUUACUGCCUCAGUUGCUGGAGUCAAUACCAUCAAUGGACGGUGGAUCAAUCAAAACGGCGUCAUUUCUUUUGACUCAAGUCGUCUUCAUCGCUUUCAGAUUUCCAAAAGCGGAAUUUUCCUUAUUGGUCUCAAUGUUCACCGCUGAAAUCGUGGAGCAACUAUCAUUCCUGCCCUCUUCAGUUCUUAUUUGUGCCUUGCUAGAGUCAUUUGUCUUGCAACCAAGUAAAAGUGCCAACGAGAACAUACAGUUAUUCCUGACGACUAUGCCUGGCUGGGAGACGCAGGACAUCGAGCAAGUCCUCGAAACGUAUCCUCCGGAAAUAACUUUAUUCGUUCAAAACUGUUUACAGUAG